AGGCUCAGUAAAAGUCAGAGCGGCGACGAGGAGGGACCCCUGAGCGACAAGUGCAGCCGCAAGACCCUCUUCUACCUGAUCGCGACUCUCAAUGAGUCCUUCCGCCCCGACUACGACUUCAGCGCGGCCAAGAGCCAUGAGUUCAGCCGGGAGCCCAGCCUCAACUGGGUGGUGAAUGCCGUCAACUGCAGCCUCUUCUCUGCCGUUCGGGAAGAUUUCAACGCCCUGAAGCCGCAUCUGUGGGAUGCUGUCGACGAGGAGAUCUGUCUUUCGGAGUGUGACAUCUACAGCUACAACCCUGACCUGGAUUCGGAUCCUUUUGGAGAGGACGGCAGCCUCUGGUCCUUCAACUAUUUCUUCUACAACAAGAGGCUGAAGAGGAUCGUCUUUUUUACCUGUCGUUCCAUCAGUGGGUACGCAUACACGCGCUCGGAAGCUGGCAACGAGCUGGACAUGGAUCUCAGCGAAGAGGAUGUGGAGGAGAACGGGGACACCGGUGACACCGAGAGC